CGGUUUCACUGCAGCAGUGUUACUCGCAUACCUCAGUGGUUGUUCGCCCAACUUCUGAUACGAGAAUAACAAACAUAAAAAAAAAAUAUUCCUUUCCUCGGGUCAGUCGUUUUGCUGUGGAAACUAGCUGAUUAGCUAAUUUGAUUACAURUGCAGCGUUGAAUCAACGAGGCAACACCAAGAAAUUGUGCUGUGUUUCGGCUACGUAACGUUAGCUAGCUGACUCGACAUCUGACAUAGCCAGCUAGCGGCUAGCUUGCAACCACUACGGAUACAAUCUAGCUAACGGCUUUCGUUAUCAAAUACUCCCAGCAUGCUGAUGGUGGGAGGCGAUGGACGGAUGCAGUAAAAUGAGUGUGAUGGAGCUGUGUGAGACGGAUGAUCUGGCCACCAGCUUGGUYCUGGACCCCUUGCUGGGGUUCAGCACCCAUAAAAUGAACGUCAGUCCCCCCCCAGAGGUCCGUCGUUGGGGCUACCURAAAGAGACUCUGCUACGCUUCCAACGCACACAUGACUUYCAGGCCACCUUUGAGGCRCUCACAGUGGGAGACUGGGCCUGUGACUACUUCACUGGACUGGGAACACACCGUCUGGAACUACUGAAACAGCAUGUGUAUCGCUARCUCUGUGCCUUCCUGUUGGAUAGUGGUGUCCAGAUUGAGUCAUGUGACCGAUACUCUUCAGAAACCAACGGAGCAAAGAUAACCUCUACCAAGCACUGGUUUGUWGGUGAGCGGAUGGAGGUUCUGUUGGGUUGUAUAGCCGAGCUGAGUCCAGCAGACAGUGCUGUUCUGAGAGCAGGGGUGAAUGACUUUAGUGUGAUGUACUCCACUCGUAAGCGCUGUGCACAACUCUGGCUUGGGCCUGCGGCUUUCAUCAACCACGACUGCAGACCYAACUGUAAGUUUGUUCCUGGCGAUAAGAAUGGAGGCUGUGUAAAAGUGGUGAGGCCCAUCGCACCUGGGGAGGAGAUCACCUGUUACUAUGGCGACAGCUUUUUUGGAGAAGACAAUGAAAUGUGUGAAUGCUGCACCUGUGAGAGAAAAGGAGAGGGUCACUUCCGACACAGAGAGAGGCAGCCUGGUUGUGAUGACUCUAAUGACCUGUCUGGCCAGAAGUACCGCCUCAGAGACACAGACCUUCGUCUUAACAGAGGGAAAGCACCCUGUCCUCCUACAUUUCGGCCUACAUUUACAUUUUCAAAUUCAGCUAUCCCUUCAAGGAAUUCAUUUACCCAGCAGAUGAAGAGAAAUGCUCUGAUGAUGAGCAGGAAGACCAAAAGGUUGAAACAGGAGGGGCAAAGGAGGAUAUCGGYAAUGAAGCAGCAACGGCUGAUAAUGCCAUCCCUAUCAGAGGUGGUGUUGAGGAACCUUAGGGUCCGAGUACGGCGCCACACGUUCAACUUCUUGUUGAGCUGCAAGGACCCCACCAGCAAAGAGAGGGCCUUGCUGCACCAGCUUGAACAUGUGGAGACAAAAGACAAGUGGAGGAAGGAACAAUCUGCUCUCUGCUGUACAACCAAAGAGAAUGACAAAAAAGAGAAGAGCAGCAAUACUUGUGAGUUAAACCUGAAGCCUUUCACUCUUCAKCCUUCCUUGUCUUCUCAACAGAAUGCUGGACCAGCAGUUUGUGGACAGAUACUGGGUGGAAAGCCCCUUCGAGUGGUGGAAAAAGUAUCUGUCCAGACAAGGAUCUCUUCCAGAACAAGGAGCAUGAUCAGAAACUGUCACACACGCRCGUCUGUUUCCAGAGCCAAGAAGAACAACAAAAUCAUUAGCAAGCGCAUUGAACUCACCAAACCRAUUUGCAGAAAAAGCAACAGCGCAAGUCCUCAGAAACACAUGGAUAGCUGUAGUGGAAAAGAUGCCACGCACAAUGUUAUCAAAGAUAUUCAUGGAACCAAUUGCAUAACCAUCGAAAAUAACACCAGCGGCAACAACAAUGAUGUGGCAUACAUCAGCAACAGAACAUACACUGGUGGAGGCGGGCCCAAAGGCAGCAAGGCUCAGKAUGCAGAUCAGAAACCAGUGGAUCUGAAAGUGGAAAUCAAAACCAUUGGAGAAUCGGGGACUGAUGGGACACUUGUGGCGAGCAAACCCUCUGGUAAAAGGGUUGAAGUUUGCCAAAGUGCUUUGGACAAAGCCAAMAAGCCUGGGAAUCACCAGAAACCCAUUAGUACUCCCCUUGUCACUACCACCCCUAGRACCAUUUCUCUCUCUUCCCCCUCACUUGACCAUGUUCCAYUAAUGUCAGGACUGAAGCAAGUCACAGUUAGCUUGAUAAGAGUGUCUGUGCCGGYAAGUGUAGCAGAAGAAAGGGCCUGUCCAGGAUUGGAGGGAAAGGGCAUUGUGAGAAGAGAGAGCAGCGUACCAGUGCAAGCAGAACAGAUGGCUAGAUCAGCUACACAGGGAGGAGAGGCAGACACCAGAGUGUCCAGGUCCCAGCAGAAGUCCAUGGAGGAAGCAGGCAGAGAGUUGUCAGACGCUGAAGGUAAGAAAGGGGUGAGGGAAAUGUAUUUCAAGGCUAAGAUUAACAAAGCUGAUGUAGGAAGGGGACAGACUGCUGUGGUGAAGGURGAUMUWUUACAUGGUGAGAAAGGGGCAGGUGAGAAGGURAUUGAAAUAGAAGCUGCUGGUGGGGGGGAAAAGGUUAGUGUGGCUGGGAAGYGGCAUAGGGGGAGUGUAAAAMACAUUGACAGAGGGGCAAAACUAAAUAGUAAAAGUGUACAAUCUCAAYUMGUUGGCUGUGAUAAGAGGGUGCUUAGAGGGCGAAAUGAUGCAGAAGAACAGAGUAAUGGAAAAGCAGGAGGACAAAAUAGCAAAAGUUGUGACAGCAUUAUCAGAAAGGAUGGAGGUAAGAAUGAGAGGGUGUCUGAAAUGGUAAAAAAGGGGAGUAGUAUAACUAUGGACAAGAAGGGUGUUGUUAUCAAACAGGUGAGGGUUCUACUUUCUGAUAUUCUAAGAAAAGAGCGGGAUCAGAAGGCUGGGGGCUCAGGAAGUGGGAACACAGGAAAGAAAGAUCUAAUUUCCUCCAACCAUAAGCAAAUGGAAGAUGGCAGAGAGGCAAAUAAUGAUGGGGGGAAAGAGGUUAGGGAACAAAUAUUAUCUGAUGCACAGACAAAUAGUUUGCCUCAUGCAACAACACAAAGUGGGAUAAUUUCCAAACGGGGGAAAGGAAGGGCUAGUAAGAUGAAACUUGAGGGUCCAGGUCAAGACUUGCAUAUUCACUCGCCACAAAGUAACGAUGAUUUAAUCCCAGCGAAAGAUAGGCUUUCCAAGUCUCCCCCUCCUUCUUCAGAAUAUCUUCAGACACACACCCAGGCCAACAUUCCUCUGAAGAAACGGAUGUUCCGUAAUUCGGUGGAGACUGACUCUGAGCAGAGCAUCAACUCUCCUGUGUCAGAGCCAUCCUCCAAGGACCUCAAACCCUCCACAGGGCUGAGGCAGAAUCUGACUCUGUGUUCCGGAAGAGAAACCAAAGCUAUCAAAGUGUUGGAGGACUGUGGUAGAGGUGGGUUGCGGUCUAAUAGUGACCCUAAGUCUACCGUUUCAGAGUUUGGGGUCCAAUCUCGGACACAGACCUUCAAGAGGACAGCAAAACAAAAUGCAACGCCCAGAAUGCUGCGUCCCAGAGUCAAUCAACUGGAACAAGACCGGCCACGGAGGAGUGCAGGYAAGUAUAAAAGAGGGACCCGKGACUCAGAGGUACUGGAGAAUGAAUCUGAUGAGGACAAACACAAAGCAGGACAUGGUGAAAUCUCACUGGAUUCUAAAAAAGAACAUGUAAAMGAAGGAGAGAAGAAGCCAGAAUCACAUACUGAGUUACUGAAUUCACUCACCUCGCAAACAUACAAGGAAGAGAACGGGAAAGGGCAGAGCCUCAACUUCAAAAUCCGUUUUAAGAGAAAGAGGGGCAAAGUGUGGGAGUUGGACAGACCUGCAGGAGGAGAGGAUUUGAUUAUUGAAGCAGAAAAGUCUAUUGAUUCACAACAAUUGGAGCCUUAUAGGGCCAUUUUAGAUUCUGUGUCAAUCUUAAACUUAGAAAUGGAGAAGGGUGCCCAGGCAGAUGGGAAGGAGACUCAUGACGUACGAUUUUGGAAGAGACGUAAAGUUAGACGAGACAGAUUGGGGAGUUUGAAAGAUAAAGGUCCCAUUUUGAUGAACAGGCAGAGUGAGGUUGUAGCUGUAGACUCYAAAGAGAAAAAAAAGYAACAGGGGGAGCUCAGCGAGGUAGAGAUAAAUGAGGUGUUAGACGAGGUUAUUUAUGGAGUAAAGCAACUACCAGGAGAAAAGGGCCAUACAAUUACUAGUGAGGGUAUGUCUGUCGGAGUGGGGGGACUGCAAUGUGACUAUCAAGUCACACCAAGUCCUGUUAGAAUCUGUGGAAAAGAGAAAGAUAUUCCAUCCUUGGCUGAAGACAGAGAACAAGUGAAGGAUACUUGUAUUGGAGUAGAGAGUAGUUUGGUUGACAGUGGGGCACUGCAUGAACACAAAGUAAAGGAUGAGGACCAACCCUUGCCACGGAUCAAACUGCGGAGAAAAAUACAGGGUGUAUGGGAGGUYGACAGCCAGGAGUUGGAGCAGAUUGAAGCAGAGUCUGAAAAAGAGAAGAAGGAAAUMACAUGCGUUAAGCRAAAAGAAGAGUGCCCUUCUCAARCUCCCACCUGCCAGAAACUCAACAGUGCAAUCAAGUGCAACACUUUAAAAGAUUCCUCUGCUGUUCUUCUGAAAAAAGAACCUCCCCCCCUCACUUUAUCUCUCUCACCCUUGACCCUUAACUCACCKCAACCUGUGGGUUCUGAUGUGAUGGCCUAUGCUCCUGAAACAAUGAAUGACAGGGCCAUGCCAAAAAUCACUAAUAGGGGAGGAAGGGGAAGGGGAAGGGGACGGAAAGAAAGGCAGAAAACAGAGACUGCUCGUAAGGUUGCAACUGGAGAGAUGGGAACUUCUUGUCUUAGUCAUAACCUGCUACAGAUAGACAACAGUCUUUCUAGACUCUCAGAAGGGUUAUGUCAGUCACAAUCCUUAGAAAAAAACAUACCUUCUGAUUACACUGCUUCCACCUCAAAGAUUCCAUCCCAGUCUCAGUCUCCACCGUUCAGUUUUCCAGAAAGGAUGCUUUCCACAGAAUCCAGCUUUGCUAAUUGCUGUGAAGAUCUCCUCGACUUCCAGUGUCUCAAUCUUGAAGGGUUCUAUCAUCCACAGAACAUCCUCCAAACCUCUCCAAUAGACCUCUGUCCAAUGGAUCCACCCAGCGGGCCCUUUAGUAGUCCCCUCUCUCAUAGCCCCUCGGAUGCUUGGAACCCAGAAACCCCAUACCUUGGCCCUCCAAGRCCAGGAAGUAUCUUCAAUGCAGAGGAUCAGCAAUUUCUUAAUGGUCUUGUGUGCUCCAAAAAUGAGUCUCUCCCUUUGGAUUGUGGAGUUAAGGAUACUUCCAAAGACAGAGGACAGCUCAAUGCAAAUUUUUGUUUUACACCCCUUUGCAGCGCUGAGGACUUUCAUGGAUCGUUUUUUGAUGAAAAUCCUGGAUGAAAUUGUCAAAAGAAGAUUCUAAGACACAGGCCUUAUCUUCAGCAGCCAAAACCCACUACUCUCAAAAGAAUCAUUCAUGUUUAACACAAAUACUCCAUCCAUCGGUUCCCAUUCCCAUAAUACCCCAGUCAAUUUCUCAAUCAGAGCACCAAUGGUACUAAGGCUAGUUCUGCUCAUUCCAAUUUUUCUAAGGUCCAGCCUCAAGUCAAAACUCCGGGUCCCUUCCACCUGAUGAGCUCUUCCAACAAAUCUCAAUUUUCCACCUCUCAGCCAGUGCCAAUUCCUUCAAAACCGGCCCCAGAAUUACUCAGUCAAGUCUGUCCAUUCACCUCAAGUGGUUUCUAACAAGUUUGGCUGUCAAUUAAAUCCUAAUGUAGGAGAUGUUUUCGCAACACAUAUGACAAAAGCUCCAGUGUGAUCCAGAGUGUGCUUAAGUUUCAAGGAGGGAAACCAAGUCAGAAUUUGAAUAGUGCCCCUUCUAAAGUUAAUAUUGUCCUGGCAACCCUAAAAAGGGCCAAACCUCAUAUUGCCAAAUCUAGGUACAGUGACACUGACAAGGUCCACCAGAGUAACAAAUGUUCAGGUUUUAGCACUGGCGGCCAUAAAGGUGCAUGCCCAGUUAUAGCAUCAUUUCAGAAAAAAAUCCAGUUCGUCUCAAUGCAUCAAACUACCCCAUCAAGUCAAAUCUUCCCAAUGACAAAGUCCAUCCAGAUUAUUUCCAGACUCCAGUAAAAGUACAACGACAGCUUUGGAGAACGCCCUCUGACAAACCUCAAUACACUGAAACCAGCUUUGGCAGCAAAAACUUCUCCACUCUCCCAAGGCCUUUCUUUUUUCCCCAGCCAAGCACCUC